UCUCUAUCUCUGUCAAAUAAAUAAAUAAAAUCUUUAAAAAAAAAAAAAAGAGGAUCAUAUGGGACACUGCCACCACACCAUCCAGACCCAUCAGACACUGCCCACCCCCUUCCCCUGGGGGGGGGGGGGGGGGCUCUUGUGCCCCAGUCCAGUAAAGAGCCUGGGGAAGAUCAGACAAGUAGGCUCAGUCACUCAGUAGCCACUCCUCGGACAGCUGGAGGCAGCCCAGCUCUAUGAUAGCCCCUGGCUUCAGAAAAGGAGCUAAUCCAAGGGAAGGGGGCCUCAAAACAAGAGCAUGUCUUACCCACUCUGUAUCUUCACUUGGAUCUCCCACACCAUUCAGUCACUCCCCAAAUCUUCUGGAAAACAGAAGGAAUCUAGGACAGGGCAGGUGACAAGAGAAGGGCAGGAAAGUUGAGGGGGAAAAAGGAACAAAAGAACAAAGUCUUGAGAAACACCUGGUUCACUCUUUUCCUUUUCUUCCUGGUGGGCCAGUGGGGGUCAUUAGAUCAGGGAAGAAGGUACCGUCAGAGUGAAUGUAGCCCAGAGACGGGGUCUUGCAGUGGCUGAGGGUUGGGGUCUUUCUGAGAGAAGAGAAAACUGUAGUCCACUGGCCUGAGACGAGCCUGUUAGAGUCUGGGCUGCUCUUUGCUCUGCAUCCCUAACCCCCUCCUCCUAGCAGGGUGGGCACCGGUUGGCACCACGGAGACCCAUACAUGGGAGGAGAACAAUAGAGAAGAUGGGGGCUGACUUGGAGAUUGACCUGGGCGGGACACUUACAGACUUACCCUGGACGGUGCUGAUGGUGGAGAUGGAGUGCCUAAGAGUUGGGGUGGGGGAGCACCGUUUCUUCCCAGUGGGUCCUUUCUGGCCCUCCUCCCUCCUCUCCCCCAGGACCCGUGGCUUCAGGUUUAGGGGUUAGUGUUGCUGGAGAACCAGCCUCCCUCCCCGCACUUCCCAGCUCACCCUUUCACCGGGUUCCUCCCCCGAGCUGCAAAGAGGAGGGGGCGGGGGUAGGGGGAGCCAAUCCCGGCAGCGCCAAAGGGGGGAGGCGGCGGUGACAGCCGCGGGGAGGGGGCGGGAGGAGAGAGGCGGCUUGGCUCUGGCUCCUUGCUUAGCUCCGCUCUGCCUCCGGCUCUGCGCUCACCUACUGCCCAAGCCUCCCGCUCCUGCCCCAGGACCCCCAGCGGGACCCCAGUCCAUCCCAGACUCAGCCCCAGCCCAGACAGCGUGCAACGCCACCAGGGGGCGCCGUGUGAGCGCCCUAUCUUGGCCACCCGGCGCCCCCUCCCACGGCCCAGGCGGGACGGGACGGGGGCGCCGGGGGCCAUGCGGGGCCAGGGCCGCAAGGAGAGUUUGUCCGAUUCCCGAGACCUGGACGGAUCCUAUGACCAGCUCACAGGCCACCCUCCAGGGCCCACUAAAAAAGCGCUGAAGCAGCGGUUCCUCAAGCUGCUGCCUUGCUGCGGGCCCCAGGCCCUGCCCUCAGUCAGUGAAAGCAAGAUGGGUGGGUCGGUGGUUUUGAAGAGGGUUCGUGGAGGCCGGGCCCGGCCAGAGGGUCUGGAGCAGCUGCAGGAGCAAACCAAGUUCACGCGCAAGGAAUUGCAGGUCCUGUACCGGGGCUUCAAGAAUGAAUGUCCCAGCGGAAUUGUCAAUGAGGAGAACUUCAAGCAGAUUUACUCUCAGUUCUUUCCUCAAGGAGACUCCAGCACAUAUGCCACUUUUCUCUUCAAUGCCUUUGACACCAACCAUGACGGCUCAGUCAGUUUUGAGGACUUUGUGGCUGGUUUGUCGGUGAUUCUUCGGGGAACCAUAGACGACAGACUAAACUGGGCCUUCAACUUGUAUGACCUCAACAAGGAUGGCUGCAUCACCAAGGAGGAAAUGCUUGAUAUCAUGAAAUCCAUCUAUGACAUGAUGGGCAAGUAUACAUAUCCUGCACUCCGAGAGGAGGCCCCAAGGGAGCACGUGGAGAGCUUCUUCCAGAAGAUGGACAGGAACAAGGAUGGAGUGGUGACCAUUGAGGAAUUCAUUGAGUCUUGCCAGAAGGACGAGAACAUCAUGAGGUCCAUGCAGCUCUUUGACAAUGUCAUCUAGCUCCCCAGGAAAGGGGGUCAGUUGUCCUGGGGGGACCAUAUUCUAGCCCUAGUCCAGGUGGAACUCACCCGUCUCUUCCCAGGUCUGUCCUCAUCCUCGCCCAGCCCUGAGGGCUGUAGGAAUCUAAGAGCCUGGGGAUUCAGUGGUCCAGACUGCUGGAGCUAAAGGGGCCAGGGCGUGGGCAGAGUGUAUCUGUGGGGUGUUCCCAACUCCCAACAGCUCCUAUCCCCUUCCUGCCUGACACUCAGUGCUGAGGGUACCCCUGCUAUAGGAAAUAAAUGGUUCUCCACCUUCCAUCCCCACUCUAGAAACUAUGACACUAGACAAAAUGUCUCCUGCUAUGGUGCUUUUCCUAUCCCUGAUCUCAUUUCCUUCUCAGAGAGUCUGCUCUAUCCAUGGCACUGACUGGCCUUUCAGACCUUUGAGAGCCUUGUAGGAGGGGGACAAGAAUGUAGAAGGAGAAAUCUUAGGCCUGAGCCAGGUGGUUAGGUCAUAGGUGGCUGGGGUAGAGUGUAGAAAGGCCUGGAGAUUGUCAGUGACAGCUCUGACACUCUGAGCCCCAUAGGUCUGCCACCCCAGGUUAUCAGAAUAUGAGUUCCAGGCCCUUCAGAAGACACUGUCUCCUUGGAAAUGCCACAGAAAUUUCCAUACUCUCCUCAGUAUUCCAGGAGAGCCUGGGAUCCUGAUGUCUGCCUCAUGCCUGGAAUUCCUUCCUCUCCUUCCCUCCUGUUUGUGUGGGUGGUGGCAACAGUGGUGGGAGAUGUCCCAGUUGAUACCUGCCAAAGUUUCAGUCUACUCCUCUCCGAUUGCUACAACUUAAGUUUUCAUUUGCCAUUUCUUCUAGACUUGGGGGCAUGGAGUGAGUCAGGGACCAUCCAGUGGAUGCCUUAAAAGAAAGGGGAAGGAGGGAGGCAAGCAUAGCAUCUGAACCCAGUGAGGAGGCGUUCACUAGAAUUUUUUAUCUACCCAGGCUCUAUUCCAACCCCCCACAUAGCCUCCUCAGUUCCUACUUAGGGUGUCCUCUUGCUCUAUUCAGUCUACCCAGAGAUGCCCCUGUACACACCUAGAAGGCGGGGACCGCUCUUGCCAUGCUGCCGCCCUUUAAUGUACCUGCUCGUUCCAUUUAGCUCACCCUCCCACUCAGUCAGGAUCUGAGGGAAAGGGCCAUGAGGGAGCCCCCUUUCCCAUCAGAACACUGUUGACUGCUUUGCAUUUUUGGCUCCUCUGUAUAUUUUGUAAAGUAAAAAAAUACACCGAUCCAAUAAAACACAAUGGCUAUGCACAGG